AUGGAUCAAACUAACAUUGAAGGACAAUCAUUGAAUACAGCCACAUCAUUUCAAUGCAGAAAUGAUUUAUUAUCGAAAUCAAUGAAUUUUACACGAACUCGAAAUUUAGAUACACAUUUUCUAAUAUGGUUAGAUACUUCAUUGUAUGCUCAAGAAAUGUAUAUAAAACUUCGAUCCAUCAUUGAUCAUGUACUUCUACUAGAUAAUAUCGAUUUAUGUAUAAAACAAUUAACAGAUAAUAAAGAACAAGUAUUUUUGAUUGUAUCCAGUCAAUACGUAGAAAAAUUCAUUCCUAAUAUCCAUAAUAUAUCACAACUGAAUUCAAUUUUUAUUUUCGAUCAACAAAAAACAAAAUUAGAACUACAAGUAACACAAUAUUCAAAGAUUCAAGGAAUUUAUAAUGAUAUCGAACCUUUAGAAAUAGAUUUAAAAAAUAGUGUAAAUAAUUUUAUCAAAUAUGAACGAAUGAUACCAGAAUUAUUUAAUACAAACAAUCAACCAUUUACUAUGAAUACAUUACGUAAUGGUCUAUGGUUUAUUAAAUUUCUAUAUGUUUUAAUUCAUCAAAAAGCACCUUCUGAUAGUAAAGACUAUUUUUUCAAUUUUUUUAGUUUCUAUUUCAAAGGAAACACAAAUUCAGAACAACAAUUAGAAGAAUUUAUUCAAACAUAUGAAUCAUCAAAGGCUGUGUUUUGGUAUACAAAAGAUACAUUUAUUUAUCGUAUACUUAAUCAAGCAUUACGAGAACGAAACAUUCAAAUUAUUUGUGCAUAUCAUUUUUUCAUUCGUGAUUUAUAUGAACAUAUUGCAAAACUUCAUCAGCUAUUUAAUGAAAGAGAUUCAUCAUUGAAUGUUUAUCGUGGGCAAAUGAUGAAAAAGCUAGAAAUUGAACGAAUAAAAGAAACAUAUAAUUUAGAUCUUAGAAUAUCAAUAAAUUCUUUAAUAUCAACUUCAUUGGAUAGAGAUGUUGCUUUAUUUUAUAUUACUGGAUUUAAACCUAAAGAUGAUUAUCAUGGAGUUCUAUUUGAAAUUGAAUGUAAAUCAAAUAUAAAAUGUCACCCAUUUGCUAAAAUAAGUAGUGAAAGUAAUUUUGUAGAAGAAUAUGAGGUUUUAUUUAUGCCGGGUACUGCUUUCGCUGUUAAUUCAAUUGAACUAGAUCAAACAAUUGAAUUAUAUAUCAUAAAAUUAAGAUUAUGUAAUGAUCAAGAAAUACAAAAAGGUUUCUAUAAGAUGGAUAUGUUUAAUGGUGAUUGUGAAACUGUUCGAAAAUUGUUCAAAGACAUGGCCACAAGUACUCUAGUACGUGAGAUUCCUGAUUUGGAUCAACUCUAUUAUCAUAUGAUAAAAUUAUUUUCCCAUGAAUGCAUUGAUAUUGAUUAUUUCAAAGCUUUAGGUUCAAAAAAUUUUGACAAAAAAAAUUUUCAAACAUCGCUUGAUUAUUAUAAAAGAAGUUUAGCUUUAACACAAAAUGUUCUUUCAUCGGAACAUAGAGAUAUCACUGAAUUAUAUUAUUCUAUUGCAGAAUCAUACUAUCAAUUAAAAGAUUAUAAUUCAGCUAUUGAUUUUUAUCUUAAAGGAAUUACAUUUAAUUUAUUGUCUACACCACAUUCUAUACUAACUCAUUUACAUUUGGGAUAUUCAUAUUUAUCACGGCAAGAUUGGAAUAAUCAAAAUGAUAGAUUAUCAGCUAAAUAUCAUCUACAAAUGGCAUUAGAUAUUGAUUCCAGAAAUGAAAUGCUUGGUGAUUCGAAUAUCUUGGAUAUUUGUAAAGCAUUGGCUAAUAUUCAUGAAUAUGAAAACGAUUUUGAUUCAGCUAUUAGUUUUUACUUUCGUGCGCUCGAAAUUUGUCAAAAAAAUGAAUGGAUUGAUGAAUUGGAUGAAAUUAAAGAAUCUAUUGAGGCAAUACAAUAA